AUGCUGGCUGUCCCAGAGACGGGCCUGCAGGGGCUGUGUAUUGGCUCCAGCCCAGAACGGUCUCCAGUGCCCAGCCCGCCUGGCUCCCCAAGGACCCAGGAUACCUGCGGCAUUGCCCCCCUCACACCAUCACAGUCUCCAAAGCCCGAUGCCCGAGCCCCACAGCAGGCCCUCUUCUCUGUGGUGGUGGCCAUCGACUUUGGCACCACAUCCAGUGGCUAUGCCUUCAGUUUUGCCAGUGACCCUGAGGCCAUCCACAUGAUGAGGAAAUGGGAGGGCGGAGACCCAGGCGUAGCCCACCAAAAGACCCCGACCUCCCUGCUGCUGACCCCGGAGGGCGCCUUUCACAGCUUUGGCUACACAGCCCGCGACUACUACCACGAUCUGGACCCCGAGGAGGCUCGGGACUGGCUCUACUUCGAAAAGUUCAAGAUGAAGAUCCACAGCGCCACUGAUCUCACUUUGAAGACUCAGCUAGAGGCUGUAAAUGGAAAGAAAAUGCCCGCCCUGGAGGUGUUCGCCCAUGCCCUGCGAUUCUUCAAGGAGCACGCCCUUCAGGAGCUGAGGGAGCAGUGCCCAUCGAUGCCAGAGAAGGACACUGUGCGCUGGGUGUUGACGGUGCCCGCCAUCUGGAAGCAGCCAGCCAAGCAGUUCAUGCGGGAGGCUGCCUACCUGGCCGGCCUGGUGUCCCGAGAGAAUGCAGAGCAGCUACUCAUCGCACUGGAGCCCGAGGCUGCCUCUGUCUACUGUCGAAAGCUGCGUCUGCACCAGCUUGUGGACCUGAGCAGCUGGGCCCCCGGCGGUGGGCGCCUGGGGGAGCGCCGCUCCAUCGACUCCAGCUUCCGGCAGGCCCGAGAGCAGCUGCGAAGGUCCCGCCACAGCCGCACAUUCCUGGUGGAGUCGGGCGUCGGAGAGCUGUGGGCAGAGUUGCAAGCAGGAGACCGCUACAUGGUGGCAGAUUGUGGGGGAGGCACCGUGGACCUGACUGUGCACCAGCUGGAGCAGCCUUAUGGCACUCUCAAGGAACUCUACAAGGCAUCUGGCGGCCCCUAUGGUGCGGUGGGCGUGGACCUGGCCUUUGAGCAGCUGCUGGGCCGCAUCUUUGGCGAGGACUUCAUCAACACUUUCAAAAGGGAACGGCCUGCAGCCUGGGUGGAUUUAACCAUCGCCUUCGAGGCCCGUAAACGCACAGCGGGUCCGCACCGUGCUGGCGCACUCAACAUCUCCCUGCCCUUCUCCUUCAUCGACUUCUACCGCAAGCAGCGAGGCCACAAUGUGGAGACGGCCCUGCGCAGGAGCAGCGUGAACUUCGUGAAGUGGUCCUCACAGGGGAUGCUCCGGAUGUCCUGCGAGGCCAUGAACGAGCUCUUCCAACCCACUGUCAGCGGGAUCAUCCAGCACAUCGAGGCGCUGCUUGCGCAGCCAGAGGUGCAAGGCGUGAAACUGCUAUUCCUGGUGGGCGGCUUCGCUGAGUCAGCAGUGCUGCAGCACGCAGUGCAGGCGGCGCUGGGCGCCCGCGGCCUGCGCGUUGUCGUCCCGCACGAUGUGGGCCUCACCAUCCUCAAGGGCGCCGUGCUCUUUGGGCAGUCGCCGGGUGUCGUGCGGGUGCGCCGCUCGCCGCUCACCUAUGGCGUGGGCGUGCUGAACCGCUUCGUGGCCGGGCGCCACCCGCCCGACAAGCUGCUGGUUCGCGACGGCCGCCGCUGGUGCACCGACGUCUUUGAGCGCUUCGUGGCCGCCGAGCAGUCGGUGGCCCUGGGCGAGGAGGUGCGGCGCAGCUACUGCCCGGCACGCCCAGGCCAGCGACGCGUGCUUAUCAACCUGUACUGCUGCGCCGCCGAGGACGCGCACUUCAUCACCGAUCCGGGAGUGCGCAAGUGCGGCGCGCUCAGCCUCGAUCUCGAGCCCGCCGACUGCGGCCCGGACUCUGCCGGCGCGUCUCCUGGACGUCGCGAGAUCCGCACCGCCAUGCAGUUUGGCGACACCGAGAUUAAGGUCACCGCCGUUGACGUCAGCACCAAUCGCUCUGUGCGCGCGGCCAUUGACUUUCUUUCUAACUGAGGGCGCGCAGGGCGCAGCGCCGCCCACCCUGUGCUUGGCCCCGUCUGACGCCCUCCUUUGGUCCUGGGGUCUGGGGAGCAGGCUGGGGCAGCCAAAUCUGCUAGUUCUGAUGUCAGCACCCCUUUCCCCACCCUCUGCCCAGGGGAGAUGAGGUCACAGGAGGGUGGGAACACAUCCAGAGACGCUACUUUGGGGUUGGGCCCUGGUCCGCUGACUGGAAGGCUGAAGCCCGGCUAAAAUGUGGGGCAGGUAAAGGAGAUUUAGUGGUUUCCAAGAUGGCGCUCCCAGCCCGACAGGAAAGUGUGACCUGCCAGGGCGUGUGACCCCGAAAGCAGAAAGUACCAGAAGACUGAGCCCUGACCUGAACUGAGGGUGGAUGGAAGGGUUGGGAGAGAGGUCAAGCACAGCAGGCUGCAGGGAGAGCAGCAGGAGGAAGGGGGUUCUUCACCUGGACACGAAGGGCCAGAGUUCACUGAUGGAGUCAGCCCAGGCUGGAAGCCCCGCAGAGCAACCACGUGUGGGGUGGGAAAGUGACACUAGAGGGACAGGGUAGUAGGGCCUUCCUGGGGGUGGUACUGACCCAGGUAUGACUGUUAAUUGUAGAAAAGGUAGUAGCUGCCUAAUGGGGGGAAGAACAUAUUAUUAGGGUGAAGACAAUUAUGAGGGGAUGUGGGAGUGUGCGCAAGGGGGCCUUUCCUUCAGGACAAAUGACCCAUAUGGUAAGGCUUCAAGGGCCAGCCUGUGAAUGACCUACUUGUACUCACCCAAAACAUGGAAGGGCAGUUCAGGUGGGAAUAGGGAAGACAGAAGGAGCACUAGGGGACUGGUCCCAGCUCUUCCAUCAACUCAGUGUGGCAUUAGGACAUUCCCUGCCUACCCAUGGGCCUCAGUUUCCCCAAGUGUGAAAUGUUAGGUACCUCCCUCCAACUGUGACAUGCAACAGCCCCACCUGCCUGAGAACCCUAAGGUGACAAUAAAGCAUUUAUGCUCAAGGUGAAGCCACAGUCUGCUGGUACCACAUGACUAGGGAACCCAAUAGUGGAGUAGUGGAGGGACCUAGGUUCCAGAAAGAGAAGGGAGAAAACUUUCAGCCAUACCCAGGGCUGGGGACUGACCAGAAAGGGGUGUAAUGUUUCCCUGUCGGUCAUCCCA